AUGGCGGGGCGCGGCGCCGGGAUGCUGCAGGAGGAGGCGCUGAAGCGGAAAGAGCGGCUGCGGGCUCUGAGGGAGCGGCACGGCCAGAACCGGACUGAGGAUGCAGGAGAACCAGCGAGGAAACAGCUGAUACAGGAGCCUGCGGAAGUCGAGGGCAAACACAGGGACCUGAAGCUGAGGAACUAUGUGCCUGAGGACGUGGAGCUGAAGGAGCGGCAGGUCCCCAAAGCCAGGCCUGUGCCAGUGGAGGAGAAGGUGAAGGAGCAGCUGGAAGCAGCCAAACCGAACUCCAUCAUUGAGGAAGUGGAUUUGGCAAAUCUUGCUCCGAGGAAGCCUGACUGGGAUCUGAAACGGGACGUGGCCAAGAAGCUGGAAAAGCUGGAGAAGAGGACGGAGCGCGCCAUCGCUGAGCUAAUCCGCGCGGUGGACCUGGAUGCCAUCGCAGAUGAGACGGAGAGGAAAGCGCUGGAGGGAAUCAUCAGUAACUUCGGGCAGACUCCAUGUCAGCUCCUGAAGGAGGCACACCCCACGAGGCUGACCAUGGAGAACGCUGCCCGACGCCGCGCUCGCUUCGACACCUACACCCUGGACGUCUUCGAGCACCUCGGCCAUCUCAAGUCCUUCUUCGUGGAGGGAAUCAGUGAUGACAUUCCUCUGGUCCAGGCUGUUGUUCCCAAGAAUCAGGCUCAUUCGUUCAUCACACAGGGAUACCCCGACCUGCUGGUCACAGUGAGUGUGAACGGGCUGAUCGGAGCCCAUGGCUGGCUGCCCUACGACAAGAACAUCUCCAACUACUUCACCUUUACACGGGACCCCACCUCGGCCAGCGUCAAGACACAGCGGAUCCUCUCAGGCCCCUUCGCUCCCGGGGCUGAGCUGUCAGCCCGGACACUGGUCGUGUCUCACGAUGGCAAACUCCUGUUCAGCGGCGGCCACUGGGACAACAGUGUGCAGGUCACCUCCCUGAGCAAAGGCAAAGUGACCGGACAUGUCACCAGGCACAUCGAUAUCGUGACCUGCCUCGCACUGGACCUUUGUGAUAUCUACCUCAUCUCUGGCUCCCGAGACACCACCUGUAUGGUCUGGCAGAUCAUUCAACAGGGGGGGUUUGCCUAUGGUCUGGCGCCCAAACCUUUCCAGGUUCUGUACGGACACGACGAUGAGGUCACCUGUGUGGCCAUCAGCACAGAGUUGGAUAUGGCUGUGUCGGGGUCAAAGGACGGGACGGUUAUCGUUCACACGGUUCGGCGCGGGCAGUUUACACGGUCGUUCCGCCCUCCCUGCGAGAGCUCCCUCCCUGUAACCAUCAGCAACCUGGCCGUGGGGCUGGAGGGCCAGAUAGUCAUCCACAGCACCAUCGAGAGCCGUGCAAAGGAUAACAUCUUCCUGCACCUGUACUCGGUGAACGGCAAGCUCCUGGCCUCAGAAACGCUGGGGGAGCCCAUCACCGCCAUGUGCCUCGCUCGCGACCAUGUUGUCCUGGGCACAGAGUGCUGCUCUCUCCACGUCCGGCACCUACGCAGUUUGAAGAGUGCGAUGGAGCCGCUGAUGAUGAGAGUUCCAAUUCAUUGUGUGUCGGUCACUAAAGACAACAGCCACAUCCUGGUGGGACUGGAUGAUGGAAAACUGAUUGUAGUUGGACCAGGACAACCCUCUGAGAUGAGGACAGGGCAGUUCACGAGGCGAUUGUGGAGCUCGACCCGACGGCUUUCCCGGCUCUCGUCCAGAGAGACCGAGUAUAAGAAGUAGAUCGGGGCAGAGCGUCCCAGAUUGGAACCAUCUCUCUCUCUCCCUCCCUCGCUCGCUCGCUCUCUUGCUCGCUGAUCUGUAACAAUCGGCUAUGGUUAUUUAUUUGGAGAGAGGAGAGGAGGAAGGGAAAGGCACGAUGAUGGGGAGGUGUGACGCUGCUCUAUGCCCCCCACCCCCCCCCCCCAGUUCGGGAUGUCCUCUCAGCCAGUGUGGGGAUCUGACCCCGGCAGUGGGCAGCACGUUUACAAGGACUUUGAGAUUUUCCUGGUGGAUUUUUCUGCUGAUUCUAGAGGGAAAAAAAACUGCUUUCCUGAGAAGACCAUAAGACUUUUCAUAGAAUCUUACAGCACAGAAGGAGGCCAUUCGGCCCAUUG